UCUGUGUCGUCAUUGUGAGAAAGCCUGGGAGUGGCAGGAGGAAGUAGCGGAAGAGAAGAAAGAAGAAGAAGAAGGAGGAGGAAGACGAAGAGGUCGAGCAGCUGUACGUGUAUCAGGAUUUCCCUGAAUAUUUUGAGAGCAUCCGUCCAUUCACGGCAGCAGUAUGGCUGAGGGCACAGUGUCAGUAGCAGAGGUGGAGACCGCCUUCCAGAAGUUUGCGGUCCAUGGAGACAGUAAGGCCACAGGGAAGGAGAUGAACGGCAAAAACUUUGUUAAGCUCUCCAAGGACUGCAAAAUCAUCGAUGGCAAGAACGUCACCACUACAGAUGUUGACAUCGUUUUCAGCAAAAACAAGGCCAAGUCAGCUCGGGUAAUCACAUUUGAGCAGUUCAACCAGGCCCUGACAGAGUUGGCUCCCAAACGUUUUAAAGGGAAGAGCAAAGAGGAGUCUCUUCAGCAGCUCUAUAGUCUCAUUGUUGGCAAGGAGCCUGCGAACAUCGGAGUCACUAAAGUGGCAAAGGCAGCAGCAGUGGACAGACUGACCGACACCACAAAGUACACUGGAGCUCACAAGGAGCGGUUUGACGAGUCAGGCAAAGGAAAAGGAAAGGUCGGGCGUGCGGACGUCCCAGACGACAGUGGCUACGUGGGGGCCUACAAGGGCAGCGGCAGUUAUGAGGAAAAAGUGAAGGACGCAUAAUUAUGCUGAGACAUUAUGGAAACAUUGUUCGCUAACUUAAAAUCAGGAGAUGUUAAAGAAACAUUUAAUUCAUUGAAUCUUAUAUUUUUUAAGAAGGAACAAAUAUACUGUAGUUUUUUGGGCCUAUCACAAUUAUAAUACUUAUUGGGUCUGUAAAAACACAACUAUAUAUAAUUGGAGUUUCAAGGUUUUCACAAGUGACAAGCACGAUGAAUAACUUAAAGACACGAUUUCCUGAAAAUAAUUUUAAGAUAUUCAAAAUACUAUGCCGUAAGUACACAAAUGUUUAAUGAGAUGAAGCAUGAAUAUGUGAUAGUGUUCUGUACACGAUGAUACUACAGGGAUCAAAAGAUAAAACUGUACUUCUAAUCAAGCAUGCUUUAUAGAAACUUUGUGCCUUAGUAUUGAUGUAGCCGCUAGCAUGAAUGCUUUGCUAUACAGUAAUGUGCUGCUAUUCCCACUUAGCUUGAUGUAAUGGACCUUUGCUGGUUUCAAGAAACCACACUUGCUAAGCAUAUCACGUAGCUUACAGGACCAAACACUCCCAAAUAUUCAUGGUAUAUAUUCAUAUAUUUAAAUGACAACUACGUUAACAAGAGAAACAUGUAACAAACAGUGUUAUCAUACUGAACUGAUGAAGCUACGGUACAGGAUACAUCAUGUUUAAUCCAUUUAUGUUUUACUUAGUGACAACAUUAUGCUGUGAUUGUUGAUGCUCAUAUAAUGUAUCUUUUCAUGCAAUUUUAUUUUCCUCCAAAGUCAUGUAAGGUUGAAAGAUGUGUUAUAAUAGAAGUGAAUGCGAGAAUCUUAAGAGUCAUACAUUGUAAGAGUAUACAUUUUAUUAAUCCUCUCAAACCACAUUUAAGAUCCUGGAGCUUUUACAGUGCACACUGGUUUCUAAGCAAGUGUACAAUUUAAACUGUGUGCUAUUAUACAUAUUUUACAUACCUCUGCCAUACAUGACAUUCAUAUACUGUAGACGUAUCAAAGUGAAAUAUUUAGUUUUUUUUAACAAUCUUUGUGAGCUUAUAUACUACACAAUACAUUUAAGCAAACGGAAAACAACAGGAGUGGAUUAACAUUUUUGACAGUUUUUUUUUGUAAAUGUUAUCAGUGACUAACCCUGACUUAAAGCUAGCCGGCUGAUUUCAAAAGAUAACUGGGAUACCACAACACAAUGGGCCCUUGUAGAACAAUAAACACUCAAUAUUCACUUUUAUUCUGGGGCCACCUUGUCAUAUGAUACUGAUGGCAUUUAUGAAGGAUCCUGAGGAACCAUUUUAAUGCUCUUGUAUGAUGCACAUGUUUUAAAAAAAAUGGCUUACCUCCUCCACGUCUCACACAAUAGGCCUGAGCUGAUAAGCAUCACCUGGGUUUUGUGCCAUUGAACACCAUAAUCAACUGUAUUCUCUGCAUUUCCAUGCUCAACUCGUGCACUAUCACUGCAUAUAAUCACUGUGAUCUUAAUACAUAAUGAAGAAAUAAUCAAAUAAAGAAUGGAAUAUAGUAGAACA